CUGGUCAUAUCCACCUUAAACCCACCACAUCCUGUUCUUCUUCCUGGCUUCCUGCAUCAUACUUUCUCCUACUUAACUUGACCGAAGAAGAGGCCUCAAAGUUAUGUAAUUAUGGAUGAACAAUCUACCGCGAAGAAACCUAUGAUUAUUGAAGGUUGUUGUUGCAGUAGUAGCAGCAGCAGCAGAAGCAAUGACAACAAAAGAAAUAUCGUGGAAAUCCUGAACAACAGACUAGAAGUACUUGAACAAGAAGCUGCAAAAAUGAAGAAUAUGUUGGUUGUUUGCAUGUAUGAGAGGAGAGAGAUUAUCACUGAGAUCAUGCAACUGUUCCAGACUCUAAGAACACAUAUUCAUGGUUCUGAAAUGAAACAUCCCCUCAAUUUUUAUCAGGCGUCACAGCACCAGAAUAUUGGUCUAUUACAAGCUCUAUGGGAAGAUUCAAAUCCAUUCCUGGUAUUGAGGGGUUCUACCAAGGCAAAUAUCAUUCGCUAGUUUUAGAAGAAACACCCAAAUAAUGAAGUUAUUGUAAUACUUCCUCCGUUCUUUUUUAAAUGACACAAUUAUUUAGGCACG